AUGUUCAUUCUCGAGGAUGGUGCUACUCUCCGCAAUGUUAUUAUUGGACCUGAUCAAACUGAGGGCCUUGACUAUGCCAUCACUCUAAAGCAAAAGUCCGGCACCUCCGCCAUCUGUGGAGGAGGUGCUUUUCACGCCGCCGAUAAGCUUGUGAGAUCUUGUGGUAACUGCAAGGAUAACUACGGUCCCCGGAAUGUUGUUACUGACAACGCUGCUGCUGUCAACGGCGGUGUUCUCUGCGGUAUCAAUACUAAUUAUGGCGACACUGGCACCAUCUCCAACGCUUGCCAGGACUCAGGCAAGAACUGCGACCUUUUCGAUAACUUCGACUACACACUGAAAGACUUCAACUGCUUGACUGCGUUCCCAUCUAGUCACCCGGUCUUCAGCAAUUUCAUGAAGGAUGUUCAGAUCAAUGAAGCACAAGAGGCAAUUGACCCUGUUGCCGAAGAUUCCUUCAAAUCUGCCACCAACAUCAAAAGCCGCGAACAAGUCCCUUCUUAG